CGCCGCUUUUGCAACCAUCGUUUUUGCUUUUUUGUGUUUUCCGGCUAUCGUAUUCUAUCCCUUGUAGCCACCGGAGAUCGAUCGAGAAGCGGGAAGAGCGAGACGAAAAGAGGAAAAGAGAAGGACGGCUUUCUUGCUUCUAACUGGGUUUCGUUGUUGUUGUACUUAAAGAGGUGUUCCUCACAGCACGAUCUUGAGCACAGUAACUUCGCUAACUGGAAAAAAAAAAAAUCCUUCAAUAUUUCAGGAACUGUAGUGAGAAGGGAAAAGGAAUUGGACCAUUGACCAUGGGUUACGCACAGCUCGUAAUCGGUCCCGCCGGCAGCGGCAAGUCUACAUAUUGCUCGAGCUUAUAUCAGCAUUGCGAGACUAUGCGGAGGACUGUGCAUAUAGUGAACCUGGAUCCUGCUGCGGAAAGUUUUGAUUAUCCCGUGGCUAUGGAUAUCAGAGAGCUUAUAUCUUUGGAUGAUGUUAUGGAGGAACUUGGCUUAGGCCCAAAUGGGGGACUUGUAUAUUGCAUGGAGCACCUUGAAGAGAAUUUGGAUGACUGGCUGGCAGAUGAACUGGAGAACUAUUUGGAUGAUGAUUAUCUUGUUUUUGAUUGUCCAGGUCAAAUCGAGCUUUUUACACAUGUUCCAGUUCUGCGGAACUUUGUGGACCAUCUAAAACGUAAAAAUUUCAAUGUCUGUGCUGUAUACUUGCUUGAUUCACAGUUCAUGACUGAUGUGACCAAAUAUAUAAGUGGUUGCAUGGCAUCUCUUUCUGCAAUGGUUCAGCUUGAACUACCUCAUGUCAACAUUCUUUCAAAAAUGGACCUAGUGACAAACAAGAAGGAUCUCGAGGAUUACCUCAAUCCAGAGGCACGGGUUUUACUGUCAGAGUUGAAUCAGCAUAUGGCACCUCAGUUUGCAAAGCUGAAUAAAGCUUUGGCAGAAUUGGUUGAUGACUUCAGUAUGGUGAAUUUUGUGCCCCUUGACUUGAGAAAAGAGAGCAGCAUACGAUAUGUAUUGUCCUACAUCGAUAACUGCAUCCAGUAUGGUGAAGAUGCUGAUGUGAAGGUCAAAGAUUUUGAUCCUUCUGAGGAUGACUAACAAGCCGAUCUGCAAAUCCUGUGUUGUUAAGUGGUAUAUCAUAUUGACAACAUGAGACUUGCUAAUGUUGAGCAUAGCACGAGGGAGAGACAGGAGAAGAACAUAAGAUAAAAAAAUGUUUAUGGUUGUUUCUUCCGGCAUUAAUUUUGGGGUGGGGAAGCGGCUUGUGUUGGAUGAUGACCUCCCAGCUUGUUUGGAAUUGGGCUCUACCAAUAAGCAAAAUGUGUCCGGUCAUAUGAGUCAAAUUGGACAGUUUCCUGUGUCUGAAGUUGCCCAUAGGUAUUUGUAUGGUGAAUUUACCACACCCUUUCUGAUGCCUCUACCUUGCAAAUUUCCUAUCG